AUGUCCCCAGGCUGCUGGGGGGGUGGGGGGGCCGCCUGCCCUUCGCCCACCUGCGCCCCCAGCCCCGCGGGACCCCCCGGCGGUGCCGUCCUCGUGUGCCUGUGCCACGGCCACCUCUGCAACGGGAACACCACGGCGACAGCGACAGGGACAGGGACGGGCACGGCCGUGGGGCUGGGGGGACCCCAGCAGGGCCCAGUGCCCGGCCCGGGGGGGUCCGCGGGGACCCUGUGGCUGUGGGGGGCCGGCUCCCUCCUCCUCAUCCUCCUCACCUGUCUGGGCAUCCUCGGGCUGCGACGGACAAGGACCCACACGGGGCAGCCACCCCGGGGGGGCCGGAGAAUCGGGGUCACCCCAGAGCCCCCCAGCCCGGACCUGCCUGCGCUGCACUUCCUGCAGGUGCUGCAGUCGGGGCGUUUCUCGGCGGUCUGGAGGGGGACCCUUCGCCAGCGGCCCGUGGCCAUCAAGGCGUUCGCGGCGGGAGCCCGCGGGCGCUUCGCGGCAGAACGGGCCGUGCACGCCCUGCCCCUGAUGGAGCACGACAACGUGGCCCGCCUGCUGGGCACCAGGGGAGCCGGGCCCCGCGCCCGCGGGGGGCUCCUCGUCCUGCAGCUCUACCCGGCCGGGUCCCUGCGCCACUUCCUGGGGCAGCACGUGGGCACCUGGGUGGGCAGCGUGCGCCUGGCGCUGUCCCUGGCCCGCGGCCUGGCCUUCCUGCACCAGGAGCUCUGGCGUGACGGACUGUACAAGCCCAGCGUGGUGCACCGGGACCUGAGCAGCCAGAACGUGCUGGUGAGGGAGGACGGGACCUGCGCCAUCGGCGACUUCGGGCUGGCGCUGGCGCUGCCGCCGCGCGCCCAGGACGGCACCGGGGCCCGGCACGCCGUGGCCAUCCGCAAGGCGGGCACCCAGCGGUACCUGGCGCCCGAAAUCCUGGACGAGAGCCUGGACCUGCGGGCCUGGGGCCGUGCCCUGCGCCAGGCCGACGUCUACGCCCUGGCACUGCUGCUCUGGGAGAUCCUGUCGCGCUGCCAGGCCCUCAGCCCCGGAGCCCCUGUGCCAGCGUUCCAGCUGGCCUACGAGGCGGAGCUGGGCUCCAGCCCCACGGGGGCUCAGCUCCGGCGCUUGGCCGCGGACGAGCGGCGGCGGCCGCUCAUCCCCCCCUCCUGGCACCAAACCCCCCAGCCCGGGGGGGCUCUGCCGGAGCUGUUGGAAGAUUGCUGGGACCCCGACCCCGAGGCGCGGCUCUCGGCCGAGCGGGCGCUCCAGCGGCUGCAGCGCCUGGCUGCGGGUCCCGCGCCCCUUCCCGCGCCCCCCACGGCCACGGGGGACCCCGGCCCGCGACCACCCCCCCUUCGCCAGCUGUGCUCGGAGCCCGGGACCCCGGGCCUGGUUUUCCCCCCCCCGCGCAGGGCUGAGCUGGCUCUGGAGCCGCGUUCCCGCCUCAGGGACAGGCGCGUUCUGGAGCCACGUCCCAGCCCCAGCAACCGGCUCCCCCCGCUGCUGCUCCCACUUCGGGACGGGGGUCCCGGGGGCGGUUGGAUCCGGCGAGGGGGAGCUCGGGGAAGUUUCCCUGCGGAGGAGCCUCGCCUGGAGCCCGGACCGGGGCCGCUCGGCCCCUUUUUGUCCCCGGGACCGGCCGGGGCUCGUGGGACGGGCGGAGAAAGGGACCGGGCGGGCUCGGAGCGGGAGAAUCGGGGCCGGCUCUGCUUCCCGAGCCGGGCCAGCGGAGCCAGUUUGGAUGUGGUGGGAUGUCGGGCUGAGCUCGUGGAGGCCGCGGCAAAACCCCUCCGGUUUGCCAGCGAGGCAGCGCUGCCCCGGCCCGCGGGCGAACCCCCAGCCCUGCCCCGGCCGCGGUUAAACUUUGAUGGGGCAAAAGCGAGGGCUGAAAUGGGAGUUUAUUUACCGGAUUCCCAUUAA